AUGGCUUGUUCUGAACCUUGCAUGUCUAACAGCUUUCAGGAAUUUCUAUCAGCACAAAUUGUACAUGAGCAAGUGCAACAAAAGUCGCUGAACUCUACCUCUCUUGCAUCACAAGCAUUACGUGAACAAUUGCAGCAAAAGUCACUGGAUUCCACCACUUGUACUUCACAAACGGUACAUGAACAAUUUGAGGAUUCUUCCAAUCAUGAAACAAACAAACAAUCCGAGGAACAAGGUCCUUCUGCCGAAAAAAGAAAAAGAGUAAAAACUUUGAUGCCAAGUGUUCAUGGUAGGAAAGAGCGCAAGCUAAUUGUGGUAAACGAGAAUAAUCAACCCAUAGGUCCUACUGAUGAUGUUGUAGCAGAGUUGGGUAGCUUCCUCGGCACAUUGGCAAGGAAUGCGGCCUUUUGUCCUCUUAAUGUGUUUAAUUGGAGGAAACUUCAAACAAAAGAAGAUAUGUGGAAAUAUAUCAAGGGAAAAUAUGGCAUUCCUGAUGCUUCAAAAAAGUGGGUUUUUGAAUCAAUUCAAAAUGCUUGGAGAAAGUAUAAGAAUCAAUUGUUUAGCGACCAUUAUAAACCCUAUGAGAAUGACGAGCUUCGAAUGGAGAAAAGGUCGGUUGAUGUUCCUGAAUCUCAAUUUAGGGAUCUUCUUAAUUAUUGGAACUCUGAUGCCUACAAUAAAUCGUCCCAAACCAAUACCGAGAAUCACAAAAAGUUGAAAUAUCCACACACUGCUGGCAAAAGAAGUUUUGCUCGAAUAUGCAAGGAAAAAAAGAAAGAAACUUCUGAGCCUCUAUCAAGCAAGGACAUCUUUGUGGCCACAAGAAAAAGAAAACCUGAUCGAGUUUACAAGGCCUCGUACGCGGAUACUCUUAAUAAAAUUGCUGAAAUGGAAAGAAUACAACCAACACAAGAAAGUGAAGAUGGCACUCAAUCAGUUGAUGCAUUUGCAUCAGUCAUGGCACCUGAGCAUCCAGGUCGCCUAAUGUUGUAUGGGUGUGGGGUUACCAAGACUUCCUUAAAAAGAAAAGUGGGAGAUUUGGGACCCUCUACUGAUGAGGUAAUGCAGCAAAAAUUGGAGGAAAUGGAAGAAAGGAUGCAGCAAAGAUUGCAGGAAAAGUUCAAUGCACAAAAAGAUGCCGUGGAACUACAAGUUGCAGUUUCAAUGCUCGUUCGCCUGGAGAAGCUUCCUCUACUCAACAAGCUGCUGUGCAACUAA